AUGAAAUAUGGAAAUGAUUUAUCAAAUCCAGUAUUUCUCAAGCUUCCAAGUGGUUCAGAAUGGAAAAUUGAACUCAGAAGAUGGGAAGACAAGGCCUGGUUGGACAAGGGUUGGCCAAAGUUCUCUAAGUUUUACUCUCUAGACUACUGUCACUCGUUAGUUUUUGGCUAUGAAAGGAAGUCCAAAUUCUGCGUUCGCAUAUUUGACCGAAACUUCACAGAGAUUGCCUAUCCAUUAACAACACCCGAGAUGAAAGACACUGAUGAAGUUGAUGAUUCUGAAUCUGAAUAUGAUGAUGAUUUUAGUGAUGAUUCUGAAUCUGAUUUUAGUGAUGAUUCUGUUGAAAUCUUGGACAAAUUUCUACCCCGCUCAAGAAAAUCAAGUUCAAGUGGAAAAUCUGAGUUUCCUGCCAAAAGACAUUGUGGUGGCAAGUCUACCACUCGAAGAUUCAUAAAACGAACUAGAAGUGCAAAAGUUAUAGCUCUUCAGAGAGCUAAGGCUUUCAAAUCUGACAAACCUUCUUUCAUAGUUCCCAUGACGCGAUCUUAUACCAAUCGAUCUUUUGUGUGGUUGCCAUCCAAUUUUUCCUUCCAUAUGACACGUCUUAGUAACAAUUCUGGUAACGUUAUGUUUCGGGUUUUGGAUGGGAGAACUUGGUCUCUUGGAUUGAAAUGUGAAAGGGCAAAACCAAAAGCCAGAUUCCAGUCUGGUUGGUUUAAAUUUGCGCGAGACAAUAAUUUGAAAAGUGGUGAUGUGUGUGUCUUUGUGUUGGUUGACGACAUUAGAGUUACUUUUGAAGUUGUCAUUUUCCGUGCCAUAGAAGCUGCAAACACCUUGUCACCAGAUGUUGAUGGGGAACAAACAAUGUCCGAGAUGGAAGAAACUGAUGAAGAUUAUGAUUCUGUUGAACUCUUGGACUAUUUUCCACCAUGCCCGAAAACAAGGAAGAAAUCUCCAAUAGCACCACAGCCUAGCAAGAAAAACAGAACAUGUUCGAUUAGUACAGCAGAAAAUAACAUCAGAAGUGUUGGUGGCUCGUCUAGGAGUCAAAAAUUCCUAAAACGAAGACAUCAGGUUCCUAGGAUGAUGAAUCCAGUUACGGAAAGCGGAACAGAUAGAGCUCUUCAGAGAGCAAAGGCUUUCAGAUCAGAAUACCCUUCUUCCACGGUUGUUAUGCAUCCCUCAUAUAUCCGUGCAGGUUAUUUGCAUAUAGGAGCCAAGUUCAUCAAGGAACAUCUUCUUAACCGGGGUCAUGAGAAUGCCAUCCUUCGUGUUUCGGAUGGAAGAACUUGGCCUGUCUCAUUAGGUAAACAAGGCAAAGGUAUAGUCAGAUUUCAGACUGGUUGGAUGAAAUUUGUGCAAGACAAUCAGUUGGCAAUCGGAGAUGUGUGUGUCUUUGUGUUGACUAAUGCCAUCAAACGUUUAAUUGAUGUUGUCCUUUUCCGCGCUACAGAAGCCGCAAAGUGCACCUUGUCAGGGGAAGGCAAUCGACGUCCGACGAUCAGUUCAAGUCGAAAAAUUAAAAGAGAAGCCUGA